AUGGCGUCCGUCGCCGCGGAGAAGACCGAGUUAAAGGAAAAGGGCAUCAUUGAGGCUGCGACUGACCUGGCCCAAGACCCCGAAUCCAAGGUCAAUCCCGACACAGUGGAAGAGAAAUUGGUGGAGGAAACUCGAGAGGCUGGUGUACCUGCCUACCAAUUCGAUCCGGAUGCCUCGCCAGAGGACAAGGCGGCCGCAGCGCAAUCACGGCUGCCGCCUGGUUUCCACCACGACAAGAAGCCCAAGGGCAUGGCCGUCAUCACAGACCAGGAUGGUGGUAAAGCAGACUAUGACCUCCCGCCCCCGAAAUCGGCUACGGCGCUGCUGGCCGAGGAUGCCAAUGCCAAUGGUGGUCUGAGUGCCCCGCAAAUAGAAGAGGAUAUGAGGUGGGCGCGCGACCGUACUGGUUGGGCACCUAAGUUCGUAACCGAAAAGACAGCGGCCGACGAUGAAGAGGGUACUUUGCUCGAUCACCAGACUUUCUUAGAGGGUCGUUUGCCUGACAAAUUCUUUGGUGAUUGGUAUCAUAAUGCCGCGGUCAUUGUCUUUGCGUGCUUGGGCUCGUGGCUGAUCGCUGCUUUGGGUGGUGGUGUCGGCUGGGUGCUUUUGAUCAUGGCAGCUUGCAGUACCUACUACCGUACAUCAAUUCGCCGAGUGCGUCGCAAUUUCCGUGAUGAUAUCCUCCGAGAGAUGUCCAAGGCGCGCCUGGAGACCGACACCGAAAGUCUCGAGUGGAUCAACAGCUUCCUCGUCAAGUUCUGGCCCAUCUACGCUCCGGUUCUGUGUGACACCAUCAUCAGCUCCGUAGACCAGGUUCUGAGUACCUCGACUCCCGCGUUCCUGGAUAGCUUGCGCCUGAAGACCUUCAUCCUCGGUACUAAGCCUCCCCGCCUAGAGCACGUUAAGACAUACCCAAAGACCGAACCAGACACUGUAAUCAUGGACUGGAAGUUUAGCUUCACCCCUAACGAUACCAUGGAUUUGACCGCGCGUCAGCUGAAGAACAAGAUCAAUCCCAAGAUCGUGCUUGAAGUCCGACUUGGUAAGGGUGUUGUCAGCAAAGGUCUGGAUGUCAUUGUCGAGGAUAUGGCUUGUUCUGGCUUGAUGCGCGUCAAGGUCAAGCUGCAAAUUCCCUUCCCUCACAUCGAGCGCGUGGACGUCUGCUUCCUGGACAAGCCUGAGAUCGACUAUGUCUGCAAGCCCCUCGGUGGUGACACUCUGGGUUUCGAUAUCAACUUCAUUCCGGGUCUGGAGAAUUUCAUCAAGGAGCAGAUUCACAACAAUCUGCAGCCUAUGAUGUACGACCCUAAUGUGUUCCCGAUUGAGAUUGCCAAGAUGCUGGCCGGAAACCCAGUUGACCAGGCUAUUGGUGUCGUUGCAGUUACGCUGCACGGUGCUCAGCAGCUGAAGAAUGCCGACAAAUUUGCUGGUACUCCUGAUCCGUAUGCUGUCGUCUCUCUUAACAACCGCACUGAGCUCGGACGCACCAAGGUUGUUCACGACAACGACAGCCCCCGCUGGAACGAGACUAUCUAUGUUAUCAUCACUUCCUUCGCAGAUGCCCUCACUAUUACUCCCUAUGAUUGGAAUGAGUACCGCAAGGACAAGGAGCUUGGAGUUGCCUCAUUUGGCUUGGACAAGCUGGAGCAAGAACCUUUUCACGAGGGCCUUUACCUUGAAGUUAACGCUAGUGGCCGUCACCGCGGUGCCAUCCACGCUGAUAUCCGCUUCUUCCCUGUGCUUGAAGGUCGCAAACUCGAAAAUGGACAAACUGAGCCCGCGCCCGAGAUGAACACCGGUAUCGCACAAUUCACCAUCGAACAGGCUAAGGACCUGGACGGAAGCAAGAGUAUGGUCGGCAAAUUGAACCCCUACGGUGUUCUGCUUCUCAACGGCAAGGAAAUUCACAUUACCAACAAGCUGAAGCGCACAAACAAUCCCAUUUUCCAGAAUGCUUCUAAGGAGUUCCUGGUUACCGACCGCAAGAAUGCACGUCUGGGUCUCAUUAUCAAGGAUGACCGUGAUUUGAUGGCCGAUCCUAUCAUUGGCCGGUACCAGAUCAAGAUGACUGAUAUGCUCAAGAUGAUGGAACAAGGCAAGCAAUGGUUCCACCUCCACGGAGCCAAAGAGGGUCGCGCCAAGCUGACCUUGAACUGGAAGCCCGUUGCCUUGGGUGCUCUUGCCGGGGGCGCUGGCUUUGUUGAUCCCAUCGGUGUGAUGCGCUUCCACUUCAAGGGUGCCAAGGACUUACGCAACCUCGAAUCCAUGGGCAAGUCGGACCCUUACGCCCGCGUUCUCCUCUCUGGCGUUACUCGCGGCCGCACCGUCACUUUCCGUAGCAACCUUAACCCUGAGUGGGAUGAGGUUGUCUACGUGCCUAUCCGUAGUGCUCGGGAGAAGCUGUCUGUCGAGGUCAUGGAUGAGGAGACUAUCAACAAGGAUCGUUCGCUUGGCUGGGUUGAGUUAAACGCCGCUGACUUUGUGCAUGAGACCGAAACUGGCGAAUAUGAGAUCGAUGACGAGAAGCAGGUUCUCAGCAGUGCUCUGAGUACGAGUGGAACUGGUUCUAAGAAGGGUACGAUCAAUUACACAGUCUCGUUCUUCCCCGCCAUCCCCGUUGUCAAUCCCGAGGAUGAGGUUGAGGAGGAAGAGGAGAUCGAAGGCACUGGUACUGAGACCGAUGGUGCCCCACGCAAGAGCAUGCACUCCAAAUCCGCCAGUAUUGAUUCCAAGGCCUCGAAAGCCUCGAAGGCUUCUAAGGCCCUUUCAAACGGCGUUCCCAACGGCACCAACGGCGAGAGCUCUGGCCGUGCUAGUAUCGAGACUACUGCUUCUCGUCCUCCUACUCGUGACUCCGAUGCCACUUCUGUGCGCUCGGUCAAGUCUAUCCCCAAGACUUACAUCAGUGCUGAGGACCUUCCCAAGUACGAGUCUGGAUUCAUCGUGUUCAAGUUCCACGACGGCCAGCUGGCUCACUCCAACGUGCAGCUCGAGGUCUUGAUGGACGACUAUAUGUUCCCUGCCUACACCUCGGCCAAAAUUCACUCGACUACUCUGAAUAACACCGACAUUGGCGAGGCAUUUGUUCGUGAGCUUGAGUUCUCCAAGAUUACCCUACGCCUAGUCAACAAGGACAAUCGCAAGGACAACAAAGAGGAUAACAUUGUCGCCAAGUUGACUGGUGAUACUCUGCCCACGCUCCAGCGCAUCUUGUACACUCCCACUGAACUCAUACUUCGCUCGAACACCGGCCAGGUGAGCAAGGUCACCGUCAGCGGUCGCUACAUCCCCGUCCGAAUGAAGUUGGAUCCCAAGGAAAGCAUCAGCAACAUGGGUUCCCUUCGCGUGGACAUUCUCGACGCUGCCGACCUGCCAUCUGCCGACCGCAACGGCUACUCGGAUCCCUUCUGCAAGUUCCGCUUCGGUGAAGACGGCGACGUCGUCUUCAAAACCAAGGUGCAGAAGAAGACCCUGCACCCUGCCUGGAACGAGUUCUUCGAGACCCCCAUUAAGACCCGUAUCGAUGCUCGCUUCCAUGUCGAUGUCUACGACUGGGACUUUGGAGACUCAGCCGAUUGGCUUGGAUCUGCUAAAAUUGACCUGGAGGACCUCGAGCCUUUCGUCGGCAAAGAAGUCACUUUGCCCCUAGACGGAAAGUCUGGAGUGAUCCGCUUGAAGCUUCUCUUCAAGCCCAGCUACGUCGUCCGCUCCCGGCAGGGCUCAUCGACUUUCUCCGGCACUUUCGCAGUGCCCGGUAAGAUCGUUGGUGCGCCAGUCAAGGGCGUCGGUUUCGUCGGCGGCAACGUCGUUCGUGGCGCCUCCUUCCUGAAGCACGGCGUGAUGCGCAUAGGCAAGAAAGACAAGCACGGCGACGACGCAGCCUCUAUCGCCCCGUCCAUCGUAGAGGAGAGCCCGAAAGCCGAACGCAAUGGCAGCCUUGCCCCCGCCCACCUCUUCACAGCAUCCACGUAUGGCGACCGCCUUGGCGCAAUCGGCACAACAGGCCGUGGCGACGUGGGUACCGCGAAUAUUACCAUCGUCUCGGCAUCAGGCUUCCCAGCCAGCUCGAACUUGCGCAUCGUCGUCCGCAUGGCUGGAUCGAAGGGCUGGAAAGAAGUCCACAAGACCAAGCCUCACAAGGGUUCCGAUGUUACAUUCGACGACUCCUUCAGGGUACCCCAUGCUACCGCAGACGCGCAGUUCCAGAUCCGCGUCUUCGAUCACUCUACCUUCGGCUCAGAUGGUAAGCUAGGCCAAGCGCCUUUCUUUGUCGCGGACCAGGCCGAUGCCGCCGACCAGGAUAAGACUAUUCCUGUCGGUGGGGGCUCUGUUGUUAUUCGAUCCAACUUUGCUCCCUCUGAGUCUUCGCUCCGUCCGUCGACCUCGCAUUCUACCGCCGGUGGCGGUGGUGAUGAUGGUGCGGACAGUCCCGCUAGUAAGAGGCGCAGUUUCUUGAGUAAGCGGAACCCUAGCGGGUCGCAUGCUUAA